UCGCACACCUGUCUAGAAGCAUGUACGAUACCACACGCCCACAUAGAUAAUUGGCCAAGCGCCGAACAAGGAUAUAGACACGUAUCACGACUCCAAUCUUGGGCGCAUCCCCAUGGCAUCGAUAGUUCUCACCUCGCGCCCGCCACUCGUACACCCCGAGCCCCUUGGCGCGCGAUGCCGCAUCGACUCGUCCCGGACUUGGAUGAGGACGACUUUCUAUCUCGAGCCUAGCGGGUCCCACGCGCGCCGUAGACACGUGCCCUCACGCGCACUCCGUCUCGCUGGCUCGCUAGACACUGGCUCACGCAUUCCCUGCCCCCGUCAGCCCCCUACAGCAGCGCCGUCCCAGACUUUCCUCUUCGAUGCCUUUAUCCGUGCCGCAUGCGCAGUGCUAACACCGCUGCUGCGCUAUUGCCAUGCAGGCUCGGCGGCGCGCUGCACCCUCCGCCGUGAUGGCGCCAGGCACCUGCAGCUGUCCCGCCGGCUAGCAGCGCACUUUGUCAAACGGCGCCCGAGUGCGCAAGUGUGCCCCGUCGAGCCUGCGAGCGCCGCCGAUCGGCGGUGCCUGUUCCUGCGACACGCGACUACCUGCGCGAGCCUGCGCGCGCGGGAAUAAUCCUCACGCAGCGACGCCCAUUUGUCGUGCUCGCUUAUCGUGCUCGGCGGAGUUGCCGGGUGCGAGUUUCAUUUACAGUGUCUGUGUACCGUGAAAGCUGACCGGAGCGCAUGGUACCUGAGCGCCAGCGAGCAUCGCGAUAGCGUCUUCAUCUCGAGCAGCUUGGCUCCGGCGCAAGCGGAGGCAGGUGAGAUGCGUACACGCCAUUCACCCCGUGAAGCAAUACAGGCAAAGCUUAAG